AUGAUGCGUGCGGCUGGUGCAAAGGCGGCGGCCAAAGCCAAGGCCAAGGCCGGUGCCAAGGCGGCGCCAAAGGCGGCGCCAAAGGCGGCCGCAGGUUCCGACGCUCGGACGGUGCCUCAAGAUUUCCCACCACUGCCCGGUCUGCCGCCUUUGCCCCUGGAGGCAUUGACCGUGGGCGAGGAGAUCGGCAAGGGCCGAUUUAAGAACGUGAACCGAGGAGUGCUGAAAUCCUAUGUUGGGAAUGACGGGAAUGAGGCUGACCGGGAUAUUGUGGUGAUCCGAUACUCUAGGGGAAAACCGGAAUGCAUCAUUGAGCUGCAGGUGCUCAGCCGCUUAGCCUUGUUGCAAGAAGCAGCAGACAACGUUCCACGAGUUUAUGGAGCUGCCGAACAAGGCCGUGAUCUCAUUCUGGUUCAGGAGCGUGCUGCUUUCGGGAGCCUAAAGGCUGUGGUGCAAAAUGCGGAGGGGCCUUGGACACCUGCGCACGGUUUGCGCACAGCCAAGCAGAUUGCCUCGGGCAUGCACUCUCUCGAAAGUGCCCGCGUGGCCCACGCAGACUUGUCCUGCAGAAACAUCCUGGUGCAGCGCUUGUCGCAGGAUCCUGACAGCAUCUUGGUCAAGGUCACAGAUUUUGGUCUUUCAGCCAUCAUCGAGGAGGGCAUGGAUCACAAGAUCCGAAAGCAGCCUCAGGCCACGAGGUGGGUGUCCCCGGAGACCGUGGCCCAUCAAAAGCUCAGCUGCCGAGCGGAUGUUUGGUCUGUGGGAGCUCUGUUGUGGGAGGCCUUCUCGGGCGGUAAUGCGCCGUGGGUCAACUGGCCAAAGAGAACAGAGGUUGCGGCCAGGAUGAGGGAAAUGGCUGAGGCAGCUCCAGGCAGCCCAGAGGCAUCCUUCGAUGCUGCACCCGAAUUCCCAGCACAGGACGGGUACCCUGCUGCAGCGCACGCUGCCUUGCUCUCGUGCUUUCAGGUGGAUGAAUAUGCCCGUCCGAAAUUUUUGGACCUGCUCAAGAAGUACGAGGAAGCGAUCCGACUAGAGGCCGACCAAACGCUCACUGAGGAGAUCCCAAAAGUGGCCGGAGCAUGUGUGGCAGAGGUACCAAGCAACCCUGAAGUGGAGGCAGCGCUCAUGGAGACGUCCGCUUCGCCCGGGGCUCCGAGCACUUCCGCGCCUUCGGCGCCGUUGCCGACGGCGCCGUUGCCGGCGGUGCCGUUGCCGACGUCGCCUUCGGCGUCGCCUUCGGCGUCUUUGGCGCCUUCGCCAGCGCACGAGGCCCCGCCCAACCUGCCGAGAACGGAAGGUGCUGUUCCCAAGAGCAAGAGCCAGAGGUUCUCGCAGAAAUGGCCGGAGACCUGCAGCGCACAGGUGGACAUUGGCUCGAACGAGGUGUUGACGCUCAUCGCGCAGCAGAAGGAGAUGCUAGAAAUGCUCCGCUCGGAGUUGCACGAGAUGCGCAGCAAGAGCUUACCCAAAGAGAGGAUUUCCUGCGGCGGGGUUCCUCAGCGUGAAACGCUGAUUCCGCUGUCUGAUGAUGGGGUGGCCAUCAAGCCCGCCCACCAGAUGGCCAUGGCUGGAACGUUUGGGACCUGGACUUUGCGCACGUUGGCCGGACCGGGCCUGAUGCGAAAGCAGGAGUUCCAGGACAAGGAGGAUGCGUGGCAAGCUUUCAUCUAUUGUGCCGACACCGCCCAGCCUUGCCACCUGUUGGAUCCUUCCGGACAGUCUCGGGCUUCCUCGGGAUGGACUGGCGCGUGUCAGUUUCAGCGGGUGCAACAGGCCGUGCACCACGAUCCCAGCUUUGCUACUUAUCGAGUCAGCGCACCAUUUCCCACCCUGAGAGGCGGAUUUGGUGCAGCAACGCCGCCGCUGCCGGCCUGGAUGCCAGCCGAGCCGCGCGUUCGCUUUUUGUGCUGA